UUCGAGUCCCUUCACUUCCCAAUCGUCUAAAAUUUAUUUUAAAAAAUUUAAAAAAAUAUUUUUGGUUAGAAAAUUUUCUAGAAAAAUUUCUAGAAAAUUUUUAAAUUUUUCAAAAAAUUUUUUUAGCCUAAAAAUAAAUUUAAAAAUUAUUUUCCCCUAAAAAUGAUGUUUAUUAAUCCACGUCAUGUUGACGUUGAUUGUUAUGACGAUGAAGAGGAUACCGAAAAAGGAAAACAACGAGGACGGCAAAGAAGUUCGAGGGAAAGGGAUGGAUUUGAAAAUGGAUAUUUACAACGUAUUACCUUAAUUCUUGUAUGUAUUUACUUGUUUAUUUCAAUAUGCUUGGCUCUCUUCUAUUACCCAUUGUUCGAUUUUUUCAAAUUUUUUUUUAAAUUUUUAUCUAGUCAAAUAUUAUUUUUACAUAGCUAUAUAGUAGAGUUCGAGAUUUUUGAAAAGCCUGGAUCCUGGACUCUGGGUUUGAUUUAUUGA